GGUCAAUAAAGCACCAGAGCUAGGACAGGCAGAGGAUCUCUGGCCUGUUGGGUGAUUUCAAUCGUUAAUGUGAGCUGCCAGCAAACUCUGAUUCUCGCCUCCGGUUAAAGUCAUGGAAGAUCUUCAGAGCGAACGACAGCGGAUGCUACGUCGCCACCACCUCGAGAAGAAAGAACUACAGGACCACAUCCAGAUCCUGAAGGCAUCCAUCCCCAGUAGCGACAAGAAUAAAAGAAAGCAGUUGCUCCUCGACAAGGCCCGCCUCCAGGCCAGGAUGAGGCAGAGGCACCAGCACGAAUUAGAGGAGCUCGAAGAGAAGUUCCUUGGCAACAGCAGCCUGGAUUCCAUCACCGAAAAUCUGGAGAAGAUGGAUCUCGAGAACCAGGACCCUGAAAUCUCUAGGGCACAGAAAAGGCAAGAAAGACGAGCGGCCCUGGAGAGAGAGCAGCAGGAUAGGGCCCUUGCGGCCGAGAUGGAGCAUCUGACCAGCUUCUGGCGGGAGGAGGAAGAGAAGCUCGCAACCAUCUUGAGAGCCAAGUAUCUGCAGAUGAAGGAUAUCCCUGCCGACAAGCACUGUAUGUACCGUGCCAUCCAAGACCAGCUGGUGUUCUCCGUGACAGUGGAGGGCCUGCGCCGCCGCACCGCCAACUACAUGCGGAAGCACGUCGACGACUUUCUACCCUUCUUCAGCAACCUGGAAACCGGUGACGCCUACACCCGCGACGACUUCAUGACCUACUGUGACAGCAUCGUCCACCACCCUUCGUGGGGAGGCGAGCUGGAGCUCAGGGCCCUGUCGCACGUCCUGCAGACCCCCAUCGAAGUGAUCCAGGCCAACUCACCUGCCAUGAUCAUCGGGGAGGAGUACCACAAGAAGCCGCUCACCCUUGUCUACCUGCACUAUGCCUGCAACCUUGGGGAGCACUACAAUUCUGUGAAGCCACUGCAGGCCGGCGCAGCGGGUGGCCCAGCCCCGCGCCUCUUUUAGGCCUUUACAUGUGCCGCAGGGCCUCGCGCUUGUGAUGGUCACUGUGCCACUGUCUUUGCUGUUAGUUACAGCUAUCUCCGCAUCUUCUCAGUAAGCUCGAUUUUUCUUUUUUUUUUUCUUUAUUCUUUGCUUUACUUAAAACGUACCCUCCACCGCUAUGUUCCUAC